CUCCUCCUCCUCCUCCUUGUUCUUCCCGCGUUUACUUUCCGCCUCGCCGCCCUCCAUGCGCGCGGAGUUUCCCUCGCUGCUGCUCAACUUGUCUUGCCUUGUGGCGGCCGCUGCGCCGGUGGCAGCUGCUUGACUCACAGUCUUUGACACAAGCCAGAUGGCUGCAAUUGGUAGGCGCACAGGCUGCCUGGUACUACAGUUGAUGAAACAGAAUAGGAAGACGUUUUAUGAUCAGCUGCGGGAGCACAAUAAGACUCCAGCUUUGCUAGGGUCACGUAGGGAUAAAAAGAACUGUAAGGUGGUCUUCUCCCAGCAAGAACUGCGAAAGCGGCUGACACCUCUGCAAUACCACGUUACUCAGGAGAAAGGGACAGAGAGUGCCUUUGAAGGAGAAUACACACAUCACAAAGCUCAUGGAAUAUACAAAUGUGUUGUUUGUGGAACUCCUUUGUUCAAAUCAGAAACAAAGUUUGACUCCAAUUCAGGUUGGCCUUCAUUCUAUGAUGUGAUGGCUUCUGACAGAAUUACAUUCACUGAUGACUACUCCUACGGGAUGCACAGGGUUGAGACAAGCUGCAGUCAGUGUGGUGCUCACCUUGGACAUAUUUUUGACGAUGGGCCUCGUCCAUCCGGCAAACGAUACUGCAUAAAUUCAGCUUCAUUGUCUUUUGAGUCUGCAGACAAGAACCAUGCUGGAGAAGGAAGCAUUAGCGCGGCUUCUGCCCAACCAGACAAGACAGAGCUGUAGAAGGGAGAUAGUUUCUCACAAAGCUUAUUUUCCUAGAUGACUCUUAAAGAAUGUUAUUCUAAAUUGCCUUCUACCUUAUAUGUUUUU